GCUGUGUGGCUGAGCGAAGUGGAUGACGUCUCUGAAUUUGCGGGCCGCCGACGCAGGGCUGGGUUUCCAUUUUCAUAGCGAGUUUCGGGGGGGAUCGUCAACAUGGAGCAGGAGAUGGAGGACAAAACGGUGGAACUGGUGUGCUCUGUGCCUCGCUCUCUCUGGCUGGGCUGCUCCUCGGUGGCUGAGAGUUUGUGUGCACUCAGGUGCCUGCAGAGCAUCCCCUCCACCCGGGCUCACAACCAGAACACAUCAGGGAUGGAGUCACAGAACCUUGUGGACGAUCUGUCGCCAAAGAAGAAUACAGUUCUCAAGCUUAGUAACGGUCCUGUUGUGGGAUCUCGUAAACGCCCGUCAGAGGGGAACUAUGACAAGGAGAAGGAGCAUUGCAUCGCCCUGUUUGACCAGUGGUCGGAGGCCGAGCAGGUGGAGUUUGUUGAGCGCCUGAUUUCCCGUAUGUGCCACUACCAGCACGGCCACAUCAAUUCCUACCUCAAACCAAUGCUGCAGAGGGAUUUCAUUACUGCGCUGCCAGCCCAAGGCUUGGAUCACAUAGCGGAGAACAUCCUGUCUUUCCUGGAUGCACGCUCGCUGUGUGCAGCAGAGCUGGUAUGUAAGGAGUGGCAGAGGGUCAUCUCUGAGGGUAUGCUGUGGAAGAAGCUCAUUGAACGCAUGGUCCGAACUGAUCCGCUCUGGAAAGGCCUGUCCGAGAGACACCAGUGGGAGAAAUAUCUGUUCAAGAACCGCACCUCAGAAAUCCCACCCAACUCCUACUAUCACUCCCUCUAUCCCAAGAUCAUUCAAGAUAUAGAGACUAUUGAGGCUAAUUGGCGAUGUGGCAGACACAACUUGCAGAGGAUUCAGUGUCGCUCAGAAAACAGUAAAGGGGUUUACUGUCUCCAGUACGAUGACGACAAGAUCAUCAGUGGCCUUAGGGACAAUUCCAUCAAGAUCUGGGAUAAACAGACUCUGGAGUGUCUGAAGAUACUGACCGGUCACACAGGCUCAGUAUUGUGUCUCCAGUAUGAUGAGAGAGUCAUUGUGACCGGGUCUUCUGACUCAACUGUCAGGGUGUGGGAGGUAACGACGGGUGAGGUGCUGAACACAUUGAUCCACCACAAUGAGGCAGUUCUUCAUCUGCGUUUUGCAAAUGGGUUGAUGGUCACCUGCUCCAAGGACCGUUCAAUUGCAGUCUGGGAUAUGGCCUCGCCUACUGACAUCAGUCUACGCCGCGUCCUGGUGGGACAUCGGGCUGCCGUCAAUGUGGUUGACUUUGACGACAAAUACAUUGUGUCUGCCUCAGGGGACCGCACUAUAAAGGUAUGGAGCACCAGCACCUGUGAGUUUGUUCGUACUCUAAAUGGUCACAAGCGGGGAAUUGCCUGUCUACAAUACAGAGAUCGUUUGGUGGUUAGUGGCUCAUCUGACAACACAAUUCGGUUAUGGGACAUAGAGUGCGGGGCAUGCUUGCGAGUGUUGGAAGGUCACGAGGAGUUGGUGCGCUGCAUUCGCUUUGACAACAAAAGGAUUGUCAGCGGCGCCUACGACGGGAAAAUUAAGGUAUGGGACCUGCAGGCAGCCCUGGACCCACGAGCCCCAGCCAGCACAUUAUGUCUGCGCACUCUAGUGGAGCACUCUGGUCGCGUGUUCCGUCUGCAGUUUGAUGAGUUUCAGAUCAUCAGCAGUUCUCACGACGACACCAUUCUGAUAUGGGACUUCCUGAACGUCUCAACCAACGGCCAGUCAGAGGGACGGUCUCCUUCGCGUACCUACACGUAUAUUUCUAGAUAGCAGGUGUCACCAUCAACUGUACCCUUUCUUGGAGGAACCCAGGGCUGAUUGGUUGAUGGGUGCUUCCGUCAUGGAAAGGAGCCCAUCUCUUCUCGUUCCUCCUUGUCAUCUCUCUGUCCAUCUCCCACUCAGACCCCACCACCUCCUCCUCUCUGCCAGUUCUGACAGACUCUAAGCUUGUGCCCAUUGCCUGCCAGUAAAGCGACAUAUACACACACAGGUCAACACUGAUGAGGAUUCCCUACUACAAAACCAAUGCAGCGCUCCCAAGAAGCUCACUUUCUACUACUAAUUUAUGUUUUAUAAAGUACACUAAUGACAGUAUUAACUUAGACCUUAUAUAAGUCACAAGCUUCCCCCCCUUUUUUUUUUUUAAUUUUUUUUUUUUUUUUGUCCCCUUGAUACAAACUUAAAGCAGCUUCUUCUCCUCAGUUUUCAGUCCCAGCCAAAACUGGUUUCCACUGAUAUGGAAUCGCUUAUAGAUAUAUAUUUAUAAAUAUAUAUAUUACAUAGACACACACGCGCACACACAGACACACAUAUGUACACGCACAGUGGCACAGUUGGACAGAGGAUGACCGGAGCUGUGAUGCGGGAGACAGAGACUCUUUACUCAGCUCUAGGAAAGAGGGGAAGGAUGGGAGCUGGAGGGAGUGAAUUGGGGAGGGAGAAGUGUUUGGGAUUGCAUCCCUUCCUCCCUUUCACUCUCUCUUAUGUCUCCCUGUUUCUCUCUUUCUCUCCACCCACCCCACCCUUCCUACGCUCCCUCUCCCCCAACCUCCAGAGAUGCACACUCGUUUGGAAUAUGGGGGUGCGCGCGCAUACACACUCAAAGUUUGCAAGAGUGUGUGUGUGUAUGUGGACUUGUGAAAUGGCAGAACGGAGCAGAAGCGUCACAGACAUGCAUGUGAGGGUGCCUUGGAUACAGCAUCCUGGCACACCUCUGCUCUUUUUUUUUUUUUUUUUUUUUUUUUUUUUUUUUUUUUUUUUUUUUCUUAAACUCUUCUCUUUUCUUUUUUUAUUACUGUUAUUUUCUAAUUUUAUUUGAGUAUUUUUGGUUCUUAGUACAAAAAAAAAAAUCAUACUAAGCGUAGUCCUUUCUUCCCACCCUCUUGCUCUUUCUCUGUCUUCUUCCUCAUUCUUUCUUCUAAUCUUGACCUCUUGUCCAUCUGUCCCUUUCACACCAUCUUUCUCUCCUUACAUCAUCAUCAUCAUCGUGCUUGCUUUGGUUAUGAGAGAAGCUGGAAUUCAAGAGCUCAAAUUUAGCUGUAAACGGAGUUGUCUUGUCAAAAAUUGUGUUGUAUAUUAAAAAUGAUUUUUUAAAGAAGAAAAUGAACUUAUUGUGAAUAAAGUACUUGACAGUGGUGGAGUGUUGAGCCAACUGUAACAUGAAUGAGUGUCUAGUUGUCUAUCUGUUCUCGUCUGUGUGGAUGGUACGUGUGGUGUAUGUGUGUGUUGCACUGCCUCUCCAUCUGACUGAAAGUUCAUUAGGCCUUUAUCUGAAGUAUAUUGUAAACAGGCUAGAUGGGAAGGAAGUAGC